GGAGAUUUCUUUGAAUCUCUUGGUGGCAGAACCGAACCCCCCAGCUCUUGUCUGUGCUGCAGAAAUGUGACAGGGAUGCACAGCCUCGCACCUACUGUCAGCUCUGCUCCUUCUGGGUCUCCCAGGCUUCAAAUUAGGAAGUAACUAAGAGAUUGACAAGGAACUAUAUGAGAGAGAAACACACAGGAAACUUGAAGAAGUAGAGGGUGGAUGACCCAGGCUCUGUUGCAAACAUCUGGAAUCCAGCUGGGACCUGGAUUUGCUGGGGACACCGGCCAGAGAGAUAGGACCAUGGGGCUGCCACCAGCUCUGCUCCUUCUCUGCCUCCCAGGCUGUCUGUCCCUGACGGGCCCCCGCUUUGUGACGGGCACCACGGGGAGCUCUCUGAGUGUGCAGUGUGGGUACGAGGAGGCGUACAAGGAGCAUAAGAAGUACUGGUGCCGAGGACAGCAUGACACAGACUGCAACAUGAUUGUGGAGACCCAGGGAAAAGAGACAGAAGAAAGGAGCGGCCGCAUAUCCAUCAGAGACCACCCUUACGACCUUGCCUUCACAGUGACCAUAAGGAACCUCAACGCAGAGGAUGCCGGAUCCUACUGGUGCAAAAUUCAGACAGUGUGGAUCCUGGACGCAUGGUCACGUGAUCCCUCCUUCCAGGUUCAGGUGUCUGUUAACCCAGCACCACCUACAACCACAAGAAGAACCACACAUCCGGCCACAUCUACCACUUUCCCGGCGGUGAUCCCCGGGCAGAACUUCAGCACCAACCAAGUACUGAACCGCUGCCCAGGGAUUCCGCUCAGUACUUUCCACUUCCUGUUCCUGAUCUUCUUGAAACUGCCCUUGUUCCUGAGCACGCUCGGUGCUGUCCUCUGUAUGAGCAGACGUCAGAAGGAGCCUGAAGGGACGCAGAGUCAGCCUGACCAGGGGAAUCCACCAUGGAGUGCACAGUCUACAGGAAUGCCCUGUCCAGGACUACAGCCCUUCAAGCUAGACAAGAGAGACCUUCAGAUUCUGCAGCAUAGGGCAGGGAAGCCGUAGUGCCUGGAUUCUGGAGGGACUCAAGCCUUCUGGGAGUAUUGUUCCUGUGCCCCAAGGGAAGGUCCUGGAUCCUAGAGAACACACAGUCUGAGUCCUCAGGGGGAGGAAAGAUGAGUCUCUGGGCCCCUGCAUGGGGUCCUCCUUUCUCUUCCCCAGAUCCUCUGGUUCCUUACCCUUAUGCCCACAUCCGAAGGAAAAGAAGUCUCUGGAAGUUGCAUGCUCAGAAGCCUGGCUCUGUACUCUUCUCCUUGGCAAAAAGCUUCUCAACUCAGUGUCCCCCAGGGCAACAACUGCCUUCUUCCGGCAGACAGGGCGCUCCCUGAGGACCUGCCCCCACCGCUCCGUCCUUGAGCUCCCAGGGCUCUGCCUCCUCCUCUGGGACAAUCCCAGGGGAGUUUGUUCCUGCCAGCAUGCUCAUAAAGCCGCCCACUGUCCUGCAUGCUUGGGAUUCCUUUCCCUCUUAUGACGCCUCUGUGUGUCACUAAGCUUCAACCCUCUCGUGUUCUUGUGACCAGGGAGUGUGUGGUUGGGCUCAGUGCAUCGUUGCCUGGGGUGGCCAUGGCUGAAGUUAAAGUUCUGAUGUCAGUUAUCACAGCAGUGGGAGAAAGAGGCAGUGGGUGCCCUUAAUAUCUCCUGAAAUUCCCCAACCUGGAAGGUCUCCUGUGUGCAGAGUCAAUGGAGAGUCUAGCUUUAUCUACUUUAGGGGAAGCCUGGCUUGGGCCACCUGUUGAUCCUAAACCCUUUCCAUGGGAGAGGCAGACAUGGUUUUCUAAAGACAGGGUGUAGGACACCAGAGCGAGAAUAUACUUUAUCAUUUUGGGGUGACAUGAUGCCACAGCCACCAUUGGGCUUCCCCCAGCCCAGGAAAGGGUUUAUGCUUGGUGCCCCCUCCCUGAAGUUUGUAGGGAGGAUUGCACAGUCUGUCGCAAACAAGCAUCGACAUCUCCACUCACUCCCUGCAUCUAGCCCAGCCCCCCUCUGAGAGCUCCCCUGAGUGCUCAGAGAUCGGGCAGGGCUGCCCUGUUCAAAACCUGAGCCCUGGUAUGCAUCGCACAAAGGCAAAUCAUCCGUGGCAUCUCCAGGAGAGCUGGGGCUGGCCCCAGACUCAUGCUGAAGGAGAAAUUCAAUCUGACGAAGCACAUAUUAAUCAUAUUAAUAAGACACACAGGCGGAUAUAGAAACACAAUGCUGCCAAUAGAGGAGCUAAUGUUGCACUUUAUUAAAAAAGAUAAACUCCCAAGUUAGCACCAUACAGGCAGGACAGGUAUGUGCCGUAGGAGAGCCAUAGGCAAGAUGCUUCAUGAUGGAAAGCAUUAUGUCAGAUUGGCUGGACUAGGAAAAGGUAAUAUUGGAGAAU